GUGUAAACUUCCGGUUCAUGGACCUUUCAGACAAAAAUCUGUUUACAACGAAGAAACUCACAGAACUGUCGAAAUUACACUACAGAAUAUGAUUACACUGUCAAAAAAAUUAAAACAACAGAGUUCCACAGGAAAGAAAGAAAAUGAAGAAAAUAAAAGAAUAUCUAUCAGAGAUAAACUGUUAGUGAAAGAGGUUCAAGAAAUGGAGGAACAUUUACCUAAGACUUGUAAAGUAAACUUUGAGGAUCCUAAUACUCUUCAUAAAUUUUCUUUGAUAAUCACACCUGAAGAUGGAUUCUGGCAUGGAGGAAGAUUUAAAUUUACGAUAAAUAUACCUGACGAAUAUAAUAUAUUGCCUCCUGUUGUAACAUGCCAAACCAGAAUAUGGCAUCCAAAUAUAGAUGAAGAAGGAGAGGUCUGUCUUAGUUUAUUACGCCAAAGUUCUUAUGACAGUUUAGGUUGGGCUCCUACAAGACGAUUAAAAGAUGUGAUAUGGGGGUUAAAUUCUUUGUUUUCUGAUUUAUUAAAUUUUGAUGACCCAUUAAAUGUAGAUGCAGCAGAUCAUUAUAGCAGGAAUAAGGAAUCAUUCAAAACCAAAGUGAAGGAAUACAUAACUAUGUAUGCCACUAGAUAGUGAUACCUAAAACCUCCAGUUAUUGCCAUGUGUUCAUUUAUCAAGACUUCAUUUUACAUCAUGCCCUUUCUUAAGGAAAGGGAGAUAAUUUGAUAUUCAGGUGAUCUGAUACCUUUUAAAGGUAUGCUGAAUAUUGGAGCAUGAGACAUGCUGUAUGAAAAGGAGAUGUUCUCUCAUCAGUUGAAAUGGAAUUUGUGAUAAUUUGUGAAAAUGAUUUGCCGUGAACUAGAAUGAUAGAGAUUGCUACAUGUAUGUAGUUUGUAUGACUGCUUUAUAUUUACCAUCUUAUCCUGCCAGCUCAGUGAUUAUAGACUUUUUUUUAGUGCAUAAUCCCUGAAAUUAAGAAUCCAGUAUUUAUAAAGACAGUAGUGUACAUACUGUCUAAGAAGUUUCCUGUGAAACUUUAUUAUUUAUUUGUAUACUGGGAAUUUUAGAAAUUGUUGUAUUUGAUGACCAACUGACAAAUAUGCCAGAUUACUUUGGAUUCAUUAUUAAUCGUGGAAUACAAAUUUUCGUGGAUUUCCUGGGUAAGGGUUAAUCACAAAUUUAAAUGUUCAAUAGAGUCCACAUUUUCUAUAGGCUUGCAUAUGCAUGCAGACUUUGGUAAAACGAGGAUAUUAAAUAUCCACGAAAAAUACAAUUUUUCCUCAAUGCACGAAAAUUGGUACCCACAAAAAUAAAUCAAUCCAAAGUAUUUCAUGUGAUAUCAAUAAAUGCAACAAAAAAAUAAAAAAAUGUUUGGGGAAGAUUUUAAACUGCGUAUUUAAAUUGCAAUAUAAUUGCAUUUUUCAGAAAUAAGAAAAUUGUUUAAAAAAGAUGGUUAGUUUAGGAAAAUUGUAAUUCUAAAAUGCAUCGAUCAGUUGUAUAAUCUUAUGUUAUGACAGUACUAAUUUUCGGAUUCAUUACAUAUUAAUUUUUCAUCAAUUGAAUAUUUUAAAAUUUUAAGACAUGAGUUUAGUACUAUCUGAAUGUAAAUUUGGAAUUUUUGUUAGCUAUUUAAUUUGGUGAUUAUUGAACCAUUGAAAAUAUACAGAAAUUUCUUAACUAAGAGUAAGACUACUUUAUCUGAAUAAAAGUUCUGUUUAUUUACUCAGGGUUAUAUUUAGAUUGUAUCAGCAUGUGUAUUUAUACAAUAAAAAAAAAGGAUAGGGGAAAUGGUUAUUUUUAUUUGAAAAUUUAUUAUGAUCAUGUCUUUUACUGCUAUAUGUUGAUGUAUGAAUUACUGUAAGGUUUAUGCUGCAAUAAAUGAAUGUUUAGUUCUUCAGAUUUUUUUUAAACAAGAACAUAAAUUAGGUUAAAGAAGGCAUUUUUCCAACAGGAAUAAAGUGAGAGCAGAUCUCUAGAUUUUCACUUCAGAUUUAAUUUCAUAACAUAAGUGGCAGUACUAGUGCUAAUGUAAAAAUGUAUUUAACCCUUGUUCAUGAAAAUGUGAUGAUAAUAAUUUGGUGUUUAAUUCUAUUUAUUUAUCCUAACGUUAUUAUAUUGUAACAAUGACAUUUCACCAUCGUAGCCCUUUUUGUACAGAAUUGGUCAGUAACAUUUUAAUAUCUUUACUUAAUUUAAGUUUUUGGAAAACUUAUUUUUGCUUUCAAUCUUUUUUCAGAACUUUUUGAUACACAAAAUGUAUUAAAAGUAAAUUGGAUUUUUCGUUUUGCAUGUUCUAUAUUUAGUAUAACACCUUUCCAUUACAAUCUUCAAUUGACUCAUGAAUGAUUGUGGUUUAGUGCUGCAUUUAAAUUUUAUGUUUCAUCAAACUUUAACUUUUCUGAUAUAACACUGAUAAUUUACAAUUUUAACCCUGUAACAUGGUACAAUACAUGCGAUAUAAAGACUGGCAGACAUACAUAUUUUGCUAUAAAAGUAGUCAUUAGAAAUACUUUUGGGUAAAACCCAUAGUGUGUGUUAGUGAUAUUUGAAUGCUAUAUAUAUAUAGCUAGGAUUCACUUUUCAAUCUUUGGGUCAACAUGAUCUACCUAUUGUAUUUGAUUCUUGGAACAAUUUUGCUUUUUAUCAUAUUAUUAAGGUAAUUUUAAUAGACUUAAAAUGCGGUAUAUGAUUUUGCAUUUUAUGAUUGAAAUUAAAUGCGCAUAUGCUUUAAACAGGGUUCUUUUUUCUAUCACCAACUCAUUUUACAUUUGUUUUGAUGAUUUUUGUUCAGUUUUGCGUUAAAAUCUAUAUCUCCUCAAAAAUCGGUUGUAAUACUGAUAUUUCACAAUUAUAAAUCAUUUUGCAAUGUGCUUCACAAUUAUUGAUUAUGUUUCAAAAUAUGUAAGACUUCUGUGAGAUUAUCCUCUGUUAAUUAAAAUAUAAUUUACUACAUUUGUACAUUAUAAUUGCAUAAUGUCUGUUUAGUUAAACAGUUACUGAACAUUCAGAAAUUUUUGCAUGGAUUUAUUGUUGAUUGUUGAACAAUAGACACAAAUUCGAGAUUAAUUUGUCAGAUUUUGGAAUGCUGAUUUAGGUCAGGCCAUAUAGUUUUUCCCUUUUCCUUCAUUCUGCCAUUCUGACAUUCCACAAUGAACAGCUAUACAGACUUUUUUAAAUACCUUCACACACUGUGCUGAUUUUUAGUAUGCAAGUCUACUAUGAUGAGUUAAUGAUUGAGUUUACAUUUAGUUCGCUCCGCUGAUUUAUCUCAAAAUUGCGGACUUUGAAUAUUUUGUGAAAAUAAUAGUUAUACAGACUUUUUUUCUAAAUACCUUCACUAUUGAGCUGAUUUUUAUUAUGUGAGUCUACUAUCAUGAGUAACAGAUCGAGUUUAUAUUUGGUUGUGCUCCUAUGAUUUUUGCCAAAAUUACAGUCUUUAGACUUUGAAAAUUUCCACUCCUAUUAAUGGCCUCAAGCUAUUUUGGAAAGCGGGCCCAUUCAUGUCAUUCCGACACAUCUAGUUUUUAUUGCAUCAGAUAUCCUGUCACAAUUUUUUGUCAUAAUAAAAACUUUGCAAAAAAUUCAGAAUGUACAGUAUCUCAAAUUCAUAGAAAACUAUACAUGCCAUAAUUGCAAAAUGUGAUGAAAUAAAUGGAUUUAUAAAAAAAAAUUAAUAUCCUUUAUUCCUAUUGCUUCCAUUAAAUAUGGUUAUUGUUUGUUUGUA